GGAAGGAAUCAGGGACCUUGCGUUAUGCAUGUGUAUAAAGGAUUGGCUCACGGCUUCCUAUUGGCUCUGGCCUGGUGACAUUGCUCAAGUGCCUUGUGACUUCAGCACAAUUAUACUCUUCGUCAAUCGUCAGCUCUAUCUUAUCUUCAUAACUUACCCAUAUAUGAAUCUAGCUGCCUAACACUUAUCAAUGGCUACAUGCACUUACUUUAUUUCUACUUCUACAUCAGAAGUAGAUACUCAAACUAUGUAUUUCGGUAGGCGUCCUUAAUGAGGCCCAGCUUCACCAUGCGCCUGGGUGCUGCAUUUACCUUCACUAUCUUCUCUGGGCUUGUCUCUAGCCGCACGUUUCAAUGGCAUCGUCUGGCUGCUCCUGAGUCUCAACAUGUCAUCGGGAACAGGCCCACAAGGGAUUAUGGGCCACCUCAACAGCCACUAUCGUUAGCUUCGCUUGGAGGUUUGGGACUGCUGAAGGGUUUUGUUGCCUUUGGCGACUCUUACAGCGCGGGAAUCGGCACUGGUGUAGAUGGCAAGGAGGACGAUUGUCGACAUGGAUUGGGCUCCCAUGCUGAGCUCAUCGCUUCUGACUUGCUUGCCAGCCAUGGCGGACGGAAUUCUUCGGCUUUCCAGUUCUUGUCGUGUACAGGUGCUUCAACCCAGGACAUCAUAUCCGGCAGUGGCGAUAGCCAGGUCGACACUUUCAAUAUCUCGCUGCCAGUAGAUUUGGCACUCUUGUCCAUCGGCGGCAAUGACCUCGGUUUCUUUGAUGUUAUCAAUGCGUGCGUUUUCCGCUUCUAUAACUUCUACUCGGGCACGUGCGAAGCCGCUCUCGCGAACGCAAAGACACAGAUCGAGAGCGAUGAAUUCGAUCGACGCCUAGAUAUUAUUAUCAUGGAGAUACUCGACAAGGUCCGCUGGGAAAAGAACCCGAAUUUCUUCAUCACCAUUACCGGCUACGCUCGGUUCUUUAAUGAGCUCACUGACGAGUGUGAUGAUAUGAGCUUUGGUAUUUGGUGGAAUGGACCGAAGCUAAAGAAGGACCUGAGGUUAAACAUGAACGCUAUGGUCCUCACCGUCAACGCUAAAGUUCGUAAGACGGUCGAUCUUAUCAAUUCUCGGUUUACCAAAGAUAAGCUGCUAUUUAUUGAUUAUGAUGAAGAAUUCGAGGGCCAUCGGUUCUGUGAGGCGGGUGUGAAGGAGCCGGACUACGAUCGCAAAGAUACAUGGUUCUUCCUCAUCGGUGGCCCAGAUAAUGCCAGGAACGGCACACAGUCGAAAGAUGCUUCCGACCUGGCGACUUUGCCCCCAAACUCGGCUUUGGUAGAUCCGGCAUCGUGUCUCGGACCAGCCCAGAGAUCUGGGGACUGGGGUAAGCUAGCGUUGUGCUACAUGGCGAUAGCGAGACAGGAGCCGAAUCUGCAAUUUGCUCGGGGAGAUUUCAUCGCAGAGAAUUCUAUGUGGUACGUUCCUACGUACUAUGGGAAGGUCUUCCAUCCUAGGUCUCUUGGUCAUGAAGUUAUUAGGAAUAAGAUCUAUGAAGCAUGGCGUGCGCGGGAGUAAUUGCGGUCUACCUUGUUACGCAUAAAUUUGCAAUAUGAAUUGUCGCGGGGGUUAUCAUUUUUAUGACGCAUAUAUCUGGUAUAGUUUGUCUUCUAGGGGGAAUAUCCACUUUAGCGAUGCAUCUUAGAGGCUUCAAUAGGAGGAGUUACAUGAUUAUAGGCGGUAUGCUAGUGAAGAAAGGGUAUCUAGAUCGUGUUUAUUAUAGGUCUAUUAAGAUCUAGCUGACUACAAAGACAAUUAUGCAUUAACCACGAG